AUGUCUGGUCUAUCUACAGCUUAUUGGCUUAAGAAGUACGAUCCGAACUUAAAUGUCGUUGUGAUUGAUGCUCGGGGUAUCUCUUCAGGAGCCACAGGACGAAAUGGUGGUAUAUGCCUUCCGGGUCUUAAUGAUUCUUAUCAGGAUACCAUCGAUGACUUUGGCUAUGAAUCUGCCAAAAAACUUUUGGAAUUUGAUUAUUUAACAGUGGACACAAUGAAGCAAUUCGUUGCGGAACAUUGUGACACUGACAAGGGUCUAUUUGAUCCCGAGAUGACUUUUCUUGAAGAGGGUGGUUUGAUCUUAUGGUCGACUACAGAGCAGAGAGACAGUGGAAUCCAGGACGCCAAAGCAUUGAUUGCCUCGGGUCUUGGAGAUGAUGUGAGAGAACUAAGCAAGGACGACGUGAAACGAAUCACUGGAAGCGACGCCUUCUACGGUGGUCUACAAGUGAAGACGGCAGCGGUAUUAUGGGCCGCCAAGUUUGUUUUUUCGCUAGCUAGAUCGGUGCAAGACUGGUGCAAGCUAUUCACGUUCUGUCCAGCUGAAGAAAUCACAAAGACAGGUGAUAUGUUCACCAUUCAAACCAAGCUGGGGAAAAUAAGGGCCAAAAAGGUUGUCUACGCCACGAACGCUUGGACAAAGACGAUUUUACCCCAGUUUUCUGGACGAGUCACAGCUGUUCGCAAUCAAGUCAUCCAGCUUCGCGCCCCUGAAAAUGUUAAAUGGAACUAUUGUAUGAGCUCCAACGAUGGUUACGAAUACAUGUCUCAGCGUCCAAACGGAGAUAUCGUUUUAGGUGGCAUGCGCAACAUAGUGGAUGGUGCAGAAUUAAAUCAACCAGAUGACUCGACUCUUAACGACACGAUUGGCAAAGCUCUCAGAGAAUUUCUUCCAAAGCACUUUCCAGGUUUCAAGGACACUGAAUUAAAAGUUGAAAAAGAAUGGUCUGGAAUAAUGGGAUUCAACCUGUAUGACCGUCUUCCCUUCAUUGGCCCCUUAGGGGAUGUCCCAGGCCGACACCAUGGCGAAUAUGCCUGCUUUGCUUUUACCGGCCAUGGUAUGCCUAGAACGUUUAUGGCUGGUAAUGCGAUUGCUACUAUGAUUACUGGACAAACUUUACCCUCUUGGUUCCCGAUGGAAUGCUUGCCAAACCAUGAACGCCGCAAAGGACUGUGGACGAAGAAUCGAUUGUAA